AUGAAACCAUUGGGUAAAAGCUCGGCUAAUAAUUCUACCAAUGGAGCUCAAACGGAAAAUGGUAACGGGGGAAGCGGAAAAAGCCUUUUAUCAAAAGUAGUAAGUUUUCGUAAUAAAAAAGACCGAAACAGCGUCGUCAUGGAUGAUAAUACAAAUACAAAAGAGAAGGAGUCCAGCCAUAGUAAAAGAAAUAGUUUUAUCAAUAGCAGCAAGAAGAAUUCUCGAAAUAGUAUCGUUGUGGAUGAAGAACAUCCAGAAACGUUUGAUGAAAAGUUAGGUAAAUCGGUCAAAGAUUUAAGAGAUUUAAGAGAAGAAUUGGAGAAAACUAAAUUAGAAAAGUCCAAAGUUGAAACUCGUAACCAAGAUUUAAUAAAAGAAAUUGAAAAAUUAAAGAGUGAUCAUCCUGCGAAAUCACGUGACGUGCAAACCUCCGAACUUGACCAACAAUUACGAGAUGAAUUAAAACAAAAAGAUGAAAAAAUUCAACAACUUGAAUCAGACUUAAAUAUCUCCAAACAAGAAAUCGGUAAAUUAUCUGAUAUUUCAAAGAGUGAAAAUCUUGAAUUUGAAAAGGUUAAGGUUGAACUUCAAGAUCAAAAAUCAUUGGUGGAAAAUUUUACCAAGGAACUUUCGGUUUGUAAACAAGAAUUUGAAAAGGUUAAAAAAGAUGCCCAAGAACAAACUCAGCAAUCGGUUGAAUCUGAAACUGAAAAAUCUCGUGUAGCUUCGGAAGUUAGUAAGCAUGAAAUCAACCAUCUUAAAUCUGAAUUGGAUCAACGUGAUUCCACCAUACAACAAUUAAAAUCGGACUUGACCGCUAGUAAAAAUGAAAAUGAAAAACUUUCGGAAUUUGAAAACAUUAAAUUAGCUUUAACAUCGUCUCAACAAGAAACUGAAAAUCUUAAAGCUAAGGUUGUUGACCAAUCAAGUUUAAUUGAAAAACUUCAAAAAGAAUCUCAACAAAGAAGCGAUGAAAAUGAAAGACUUGUUAAAACUCUUAACCUUGUCAAAGAAGAAGUUUCUAAAGUUAAAAAUGAUAACGAAAAUCAAAUUAAUCAAAUUCAAAUCGCUAAUAAUUUGAAUUCUGAUUUGAAAAGUCAAGUCGAGGAUUUAACUAAACAAGUUGAAGAUGCAAAGAAAGAUACCGAAGUAGCGAGAAAAACAGCUGAAAAUGCCAACCUGGAAGGCUCGGUUGAUAAAUCCGUUCAAGACCAAUUAGAAAAUUUUGAAAAUGAAAAUCUCUCAAUGAAGUCUCAAAUUGAAAAACUUAAUGAUGAACUUGCACAACGUGAUUCUAUUUUAAAAUCGACAACUUCAGAAAUACAAACUGUUUCAGAGCAGCGUAAUGAAGUAUUACGUGAAAUUGAUCUUAUUAAAUCCGAAUUGCAAAGUGUGCAAGAAUCAGUACGUAAUCAAGAUGAUUUAGAAAAUCAAAAUGCCGAUUUACGUUUACAACUUGAAACCAAAGAAAAUACGAUUCAACAACAAACAAUUAAUUUACUUGAUAUGAUUCCAAAAGAUCAAUUUGGUUCCUUACAAAAAGCUCUCGAGCAAACUAAAUCGGAACUGGAUUCUACAAUAAAUGAAUUACAAUUUACUAAGUCGGAAUUGGAAUUGAAAUGUCAAAUUUUAUCUUCGACUGAUAUCUCCUCUUUGGAAGAGUUAAAAUCUCAAUUAUCUAACGUUAAAGCUCAAUUGAAAGCUAAUGAUUGGGAAAAGAAGCGAAGUGAACGUUCUAUCUUUGAAUUAAAAUCUCAAGUGGAUGUUUUAUCUCAAAAUAAAGAUCAAUGUCAACAACUUGGAUUAGAAAAUGUCAAAUUACGACAACAACUCGAACAAAUGAAGACUCAAGUCCGUAAUAUGGAAAAACUGAUGCAAGAUAAUGAGAGAUUAAGAUUCGAUAACGACAAAUUAUUGGAAUCUUCGAGAAAAACGCAUGAAUUAAUAGAAUUGAAGAAUAAAGAAUCUUCUUCUGCUCCUUCACCUACAUCUCCAAAAUCCUCUUCAAAGUCAUUACCAAAGACGAAUGGUGUGGUAGAUUCCAAAUCGAAUGGUAUUGGAUUGGCAAAACUUGAACCUUCUCUUUUAGCUUCCUCCCCAACGAAUACGAUAAGCAACAAAUCAAAACGUAAUAAUGUAGUUCAAUCAAACGGAAUCACAUCCACACCUCAAGCCAACUUUGAAUCAAGUGAAACUAACAAUAGUAUUAAUCAACCUAUACCAAGACCAAAGAAGGAUAACGGAAAUGGCGAAUGGGUAACUGUCAAGAAGAGAAGCACGAAGGCAAGGAACAGCACGGUAAUAGAUUAA